AUGUCUGUUCGUAUUUUGCAGAGCUCUGAAACGUUUAAAGAAGCCUUAAACAUUUUAAAUGACUUGAACGUUCAUUCUGGAUCAGAUCUAGGGAAACACUUGGGAAUUUCCCGUACAGCCGUUUGGAAGAUUACUAAAAAGCUUGAAAAGUAUGGAGUGAAAUUUAAUUCGGAUUCAAAGGGAUAUCAGUUGAAGGAUCCUUUGGUUUUGUUGGAUGAAAAGAAAAUUAGAGCUCACACAUCAAGCCAGGACUAUUCUAUAGAAAUUUAUGAGUCCUUGGGAUCAACAAAUGAUCACCUGUUAAUUUCAAAUUUGCCGCCUGUGCCUCCUCAUUUUUGCUUUGCAGAAUUUCAGGAAAAAGGUCGAGGGCGUUUAGGACGUCAAUGGCACUCUCCUUUUGGGGCCAAUGUUGUGUUUAGCCUUUCCCGUGUUUUUGACCGUGAUAUGGGGGAUCUAUCGGGGCUUAGUCUUGUUAUUGGGAUUUGUAUCAUUGAAGCCUUAAAAGAUUCAGGAAUUGAAGCAGAUUUAAAACUAAAGUGGCCCAAUGAUGUUUAUUUAAAUGGCGUUAAAGUUGAAGGAAAUUUAAUUGAUGUUCGCGCAGAAGCAAACGGUCAUUGUCAGGCAAUCAUUGGGGUUGGCCUUAAUGUUAAUAUGCUGCCUGAAAAAGGGAUCAGCAUUGAUCAAGAAUGGACGUCUUUAGCUUAUGCUUUGGAUCAAAAGUUCGAAAGAAAUAUUUUGGCUGCAAACUUGAUCGAUGUUCUUUUGCGAAAUUUAACUUUGUUUAAUGAAAAAGGGUUUAACGUAUUUUUUGAUCGUUGGCAAUCGCUUGAUUUUCUAGAAGGGAAAGAUGUUGCAUUGAUGCAAUUGACUCAGAAAAAAGAAGGCCGUGUUCUUGGGGUUGAUAACCGGGGCUAUUUGUUGAUUGAAGAUAAAGAAGGGAGCACGCAAAGUUAUUCAUCAGGGGAAGCAAUCCUUUUAAAAGGAUAA